AUGGAGCACAAGAUUGAUGAACCGAGUGGUUCGCUUGUGUCAAAGUUAAAUGAAGCAACAUUUUUGUCCGAAAAGAUACGUGAUGCUCGAACUGUAAGUAUUGAUUUAGACAAUCAGAGGCAAAAAUAUAGGGAAUGUGCGAGAAAUUUGAAAAAGACCAAUGAAGAAUCUUUGUGGGUUUUCAAUGGGACGACAUUUUUAAAAACUACAAAAGAAAACACAUUGAAAAUUCUAGAACAUGAUGCCAAAACGGUUGAUGAGACAAUUGAAAAAAUCAAAUCUGUCAUAAAAAUGGGAGAUAACGAUAUUAAACAAUUUUUGUAUGCGUGGCUAGGCCGAAAUAAAUUCUCGGCUCCGAAUUAUGAUAUUAAAAGCGAAACAAGAGGGGGAAGAAUGCGAUUCAAAUGUGAGCUUCGGGUCCCAGGAAUGCCGUAUUGUGCGCUUGGAAACUCAACAAAUAAAAAGGACGCUGCGACGAACGCUGCGAUGGAUUUUUGCCAAUAUUUGGUCAGAGAAGGAAAAAUUACACAGAAUCAAAUUCCGUCUUUAACAUCUGCGAGUUUGGAUGGAGCGAACACUUCAUGGCAUGAUCACAGUGGCAAUCAAGAUUCUACGUUUUUCGCAGAAAAUAAUAGUUCUGUAGAAGCUGUAGGGAAUUCAAGUUCUUUUCAAGAAAAUCGAAUAAACCAGAAGCCAAGACUUCCUUGGAAUAAUGCGUAUACUCGCGAAAAUACUACCCAUCAAGAAUAUAUGGCUCAAAAAGCUGAAGAAAUUGCCCAUUCUGAAACAAUUGAUUUGAAAUCUGAAAUUCAUGGAGGAUGGACUAUGGAUAAUAGCAAAAAGGCGCUUCAUGAAUAUGUUCAGAAAAUGAAGCUUCAACCUGUUGUCUACAAUACAACUAUUCGAGAAUCGAAUUUCGUCAAAACAAUGGAAACGACUACGGUCGUUUAUGUGCCGCAGCUUAGAAAAAAUCUUACCGGUAAAGGAAGCGGGUCGAAUAAAAAAGUGUCAGAAGCUGCCUGUGCAAUGAAUCUUGUUCGUCAAAUGUUCCAUUUGAAUAUUAUGCAAGCAUACGGAGGUCCACAAAGAAAGGAUCCUGUCAGUACGUUGCCCGAAAUCGAACUGAAAAUUCCGGAUGAGCUUGCAAAUCGCGUAAAAGAUUAUGUUACCAAUUGUGGAAUCGAUCUUAAAUAUCCCAAUCCAGGAAUUGCUACUGCAGAUUCUCCAGUUUCUAUUCUUGCAGAUCAAAAAUUAUUGCAAUUCCCGGAUUCAGACAUCACUCAAGUGUCCAAUGUUUCUUGGGCUCCACCAAUGCAAAACUGGAAUCCGUGGAGAGCAUCUAAUAUUGACGAACCGCCUCUAGCAUUUAUGACAAUGCAACAAAUUAGCGAAAAAAUUACGGAGAAAGAAAAUGCUAAGCAACAAUCGGAUAUGUUAGAGAAAAGCAUUCAAGCACGACAAGUGUUGCCCGUAUGGCAGUACCAUGAAGAAAUUAUCAAAACUGUGGCGAACAAUCGAGUGACUUUAAUCAAAGGAGAAACAGGUUGCGGAAAAAGUACACAGGUUGCUCAAUUUCUUCUUGACGACUACAUUUCCCGGGGCGUCGGUAGCGAAUUCAACAUUGUGGUGUCCCAGCCUCGUCGUAUAUCUGCAAUUUCGCUAGCUGAGCGAGUCGCUAAUGAAAGAAUCGAAGAGCUUGGGGAAACUGUCGGUUUCAAUGUCAGAUUUGACGGUGUUUCCCCAAGACCAUACGGCUCAAUUAUGUUCUGCACAGUUGGAGUUUUACUACGAAUGAUGGAAAACGGCUUGAGAGGCAUAUCACACAUCGUUAUCGACGAAAUUCAUGAGCGAGAUGUUGACACCGAUUUUGUGCUAAUUGUCCUUCGUGAGAUGAUCAGUGAAUAUAAGGAUCUUCGCGUUAUUCUUAUGUCCGCUACAAUCGAUACCACGCUCUUCACCGAAUUUUUCGGACAAAAUCCAUCAAUUGGAACUUGUCCAGUCAUUAAAAUGCAUGGACGGACGUUUCCAGUGCAAUCGUUUUUCCUCGAAGAUAUUCUAAAUAAUUUGCAAUAUAUGCCCGAUGAGCCUGAUCGUAAAAAGAAGCGAAAUCAGCCAGAUGAAGACGAAGGCGAAGAAGAAGUAGACGAUAAAGGAAAAAAUAUGAAUAUUAUUGAUGAUCCGAACGUGAAUCAAUCAUUGAGAAUUGCCAUGUCGAGAUUAUCAGAAAAGGAAAUUCCAUACGGAGUUAUUGAGGCAAUCUUGUCGGAUAUUGCUAAACGGGGAGUUGAUGGAGCAGUUUUGAUCUUUCUACCGGGAUGGUCCGAUAUUAUGCUUCUUUUCAAUCGUCUCACUGAGCACCCCGAAUUUUCUCAAUCUUCGAAGUAUGAAAUUCUUCCUCUUCAUUCUCAAUUAACGAGUUCCGAGCAGCGAAAAGUUUUCAAUCAUUAUGAAGGAAAACGGAAGAUCAUUUUAUCCACUAAUAUUGCUGAAACGAGUAUUACAAUCGAUGAUGUGGUGUAUGUGAUCGACUCAUGCAAAGCAAAAGAAAGAAUGUACACAUCGAAUAACAAUAUGGUGCACUUCGCAACUGUUUGGGCUUCUAGGACGAACAUUAUUCAACGAAGAGGAAGAGCUGGGCGUGUUCGUGCUGGUUACGCAUUCCAUUUAUGCAGCUCGAAAAGAUUUGAAGCUCUUGAUGAGCACGGAACCGCAGAAAUGUUGAGAAUUCCACUUCAUCAAAUUGCACUGACAAUCAAACUUUUACGAUUGGGAUCGGUGGGAGAUUUUCUUGGAAAAGCUCUCGAACCGCCACCAUAUGAUAUGGUGGUGGAAAGUGAAGCUGUCUUACAAAAUAUGGGUGCAUUUGAUCGCAAUUUGGAACUGACAAGUCUUGGAAAAAUGCUUGCACGAAUGCCAAUUGAGCCAGUUAUCGCGAAAGUAAUGAUUCUUGGAACUGCGUUAGGGUUAUCAUCGGUUAUGUGCGACGUUGCUGCUGCCAUGUCGUUCUCGACACCAUUCGUUCCUCGCGAAAGGCAUCAUACAAGAUUAAAUGGACAACAACGAAAGUUUGGUGGAAACAAGUUCUCCGACCACGUUGCUCUGGUCGCUGUAACCCAAGCGUAUCGUGAAACCAAUGAGCUUGGAUCAAUGGCAGCAGAACACGAAUUCUGCGAACGAUACUCAUUAAGUUAUCCCAUUUUAAAAAUGACCUACGGAGCUCGCAGACAGCUCGUAGAUGUUCUUCGUAAUCAAUGUUGUUUCCCUGAUGAUGUUCUAUACGAUAUUAAAAGUAAUGUAAACCAGAAAGAUAGAGAAUUAGAUUUGAUGAGAAGUCUUCUUGUUAUGGCCCUUUAUCCAAACGUGUGUUAUUUCACUGGUAAACGAAAGGUUUUGACAAUUGAACAAGCUUCCGCGCUUCUCAAUAAAUAUUCGAUAUUGAACCCGAUGAACUCAAGGGAAGAUUUUGGUCUUCCUUCCCCUCUCCUAGUGUUUACUGAGAAAGUUCGUUCACGAUGCAUUUCAUGCAAAGAACUUUCCGUAAUUACUGCUCUCCAACUUCUCGUUUUCGGUUGUAGGAAAGUGGAAUGCAUCGGAGAAAAUCUUGUUCGUCUUGACAAUAUGAUUACACUUCGGAUCGAUGUUGAGACAGCUUCAGCACUCGUUGCUCUUCGUCCUUGCAUUGAGGCAUUUUUAGUGAGAUCUUGCGAAAAUCCGGAAAGCCUUUCUAAUACAAACCCGCAAGAUUCGGAACUGCGCCAAUUAUUAAGAGAUAUUUCAAGUGAAGAGUUUAUGCAAUCCGCGGGUCCAUUGAAAGAUAGCCUUCUCACCGAUAAUGCCCAGAUCGCGGCUAAGCUCAUUCCACCACCAACUCGAGGAUUUAAUGCUAGCGAUUGGUUAUCAGAUGGUGGUGGCAAAAUGCCAAGCCCAAGAAAUCAGAUUCGCCCGGAUCAUCCAUACAACUCGCCAGGACCAUCCAUGACGCAGAGCAAUGAUAAUUUCAUGGGACCGCCGAAUUCAUCUGGAGAUUGGCAUAGAAAUAAUCAACGCGGUGGCGGAUAUGCGAGAGGAGGUCGUGGUGGAUAUCGAGGUGGUUAUAAUAAUAAUGGUACAUUUGGUCGCGGUGGAGGAUACAGAGGAGGUCGGGGAAGAGGUCGAGGGUGGUCCGUUUCGAAUUGGUGA